AUGUUACCUCUGAAAAUGUCAUCGGUUCACGUCUUCGUAGUAGUCCUCGUCCUCACUAGUGUUAUUGGUAUUGCUGCCAAACGUUUCCGUUCUUUUAGCGAUUUCAUUGAUGACAGUUUAUAUGACGAAUCUUCGCAAGAGCUCAAUUUAAAAAAAGGAGAAGUUUGGGUAGUGCUUGUUGCAGGUUCAAAUGGCUGGUAUAAUUACCGCCACCAAUCGGACGUUUGCCAUGCAUAUCAGGUACUUAGAAAACAUAGAAUUCCUGAAGAAAAUAUCAUCACAAUGAUGUAUGAUGACAUAGCUGAUAACACGCACAAUCCAUAUCCGGGCAAAAUAUUCAACGUACCAAAUGGUAGAGACGUAUAUGCUGGUGUUAAAAUUGACUAUUCAGGAAGCCAUGUAACUCCAGAAAACUUUCUGGCAGUCUUGAGUGGAAACAAAUUGGCGGUAAAAGGCGGUAAUGGAAAAGUAGUCAAAAGUACCAGUGAUGAUCGUAUAUUUGUGUAUUUUACAGAUCACGGAGGAAUUGGAUUGGUAUCAUUUCCGGACUCUAUUUUGACAGCGAAAGAUUUGAAUGACGAACUGAAAAAUAUGCAUGCAAAAAGAAAAUUUGAGAAACUUGUUUUCUACAUGGAAGCAUGCGAAAGUGGAUCCAUGUUUUCAGAAAUCUUGCCCUCAAAUAUUGAUGUAUAUGCAGUGACUGCAGCGAACGACCAUGAAAGUUCUUGGGGUUGCUUUUGUCAUAAUAAAAUGGAAUUGCCAUGCCUUGCUGAUUGUUUCUCCAUCAGUUGGCUUCUUGAUACAGAAAAGGAGAAUUUAUACAAAGAAACUUUGGCUCGCCAGUUUUCUAUUAUCAAAAACCUAACAGAUAAAAGUCAUGUAAUGCACUAUGGCGACAUGGCGAUUACUCAUGAUCAUGUCGCGGAUUUCAUGAGUGGUAGUUUGCUACUGAUAGAAGCAAAGAUUAGAGAAUCAGUUGCUUGGCCUUCUCGAGAUGUUUACUUACGAAUGCUUGAAAAACAAUUACAUGAAGCCGAACGGGAAUCUGAUCGACAGAUCUUACGACACAAAAUCACAAAACUCAAAAUGAUAAAAAUGAUGAUAAAUCAUAAAAUUGUUUGCGUCUGCGAGAUUAAAUUGAUGAAACGAAAAUAUCUCGAAACCUUCCUCAUAUCGCUGGUACAAGCCAUCGUUCCACACAAUCCACAAUACCAUUUUGUUAAGCAUAUUCCAUUCAAGAUCAUAUCAUUAAAUUGUUUUGAUCAAGUCGUCAAAGCGUUUCACCAAUCAUGUUUCCAUUUUGGACACCUCUCUACAAAAACA